CCUGUUUAGGACUCCUGAACAAUGUCCAAGUGUUGUUUCCUUGUUGUCCGAAAGUUACAACCCGCAUGUCCGUUACGGAGCAGCGAUGGCUUUGGGGAUCUGUUGUGCUGGGACAGGAAACAAGGAAGCAAUUAAUUUGUUGGAGCCGAUGACUAACGACCCUGUCAACUACGUGCGUCAGGGGGCCUUGAUUGCAUCAGCUCUGAUCAUGAUCCAGCAGACCGAGGUUCUCUGCCCAAAGGUCAGCCAGUUCAGGCAACUUUACUCCAAGGUCAUCAACGAUAAACACGACGACGUCAUGGCUAAGUUUGGAGCGAUCCUGGCUCAGGGCAUUUUGGAUGCAGGUGGCCACAACGUCACAAUUUCUCUGCAGUCAAGGACCGGCCACACACACAUGCCUUCGGUGGUUGGCGUCCUGGUCUUCACCCAGUUCUGGUUUUGGUUUCCUCUGUCCCACUUCUUGUCCUUGGCGUUCACUCCGACCUGCGUCAUUGGCCUGAACAAGGACCUCAAGAUGCCAAAAGUGCAGUACCGCUCCAACGUGAAGCCUUCCACCUUCGCCUACCCAGCCCCCUUGGAAGUGCCAAAGGAGAAGGAGAAGGAGAAGGUUUCCACCGCCGUGUUGUCCAUCACUGCAAAAGCCAAGAAAAAGGAGAAGGAGAAAGAGAAAGAGAAGAAAGAAGAGGAGAAAAUGGAAGUGGAAGAAGCAGAGAAGAAGGACGAGAAGGAGAAGAAGAAGGAGCCUGAACCUUCUUUUCAGAUCCUGGACAAUCCAGCCCGGGUGAUGCCAGCCCAGCUGAAGGUGCUCACCAUGCCAGAGAGCUGCCGGUACCAGCCUUUCAAGACGCUUUCCAUUGGGGGCAUCAUCGUCUUGCGAGACACCAGCGAGGACACGGAAGAGCUGGUGGAGCCCGUGGCAGCCCACGGCCCCAAGAUAGAGGAGGAGGAGCAGGAACCGGAGCCCCCCGAGCCUUUCGAGUAUAUCGACGACUAGGGUGAGGCGGGCUGCCUUCGACGGAGUUCGGCACAAGAUCGGGAUAUCCGGAGCCCCCCCCCCCCCCCCGGGGACGAAGCUCCUGCAGCACCAGCCACACCUCAGCGCAUGUCCCAACCGACGCUUCUCUUGCUGGCCGCUCCACCGGCACGACGGAGAACGGCCGUUUCUCUCUUUAGCGUACUCAUUUACA